AUGGGACACUUAAGAUGUCGCAGUCUGCGUACUGCGGGAAACAUCUUGGUGGCAAAUCUCGCACUCAGCGACUUCUUCAUGCUGGCGAAGACACCUGUGUUCAUAUACAAUUCAUUCUAUCUGGGACCUGCUUUAGGAAAACCUGGUUGCAUCAUAUACGGGUUUUUGGGUGGAUUAACAGGAGUUACUUCUAUCGCCACACUAUCCGCUAUUGCACUGGACCGGUACUGGGCGGUAGUGCGACCGCUGGAGCCUCUACGGGCUCUGACAGCGGUGCGCGCGCGUCUUCUCGCUAUAGCCGCCUGGCUCUACGCCGCUCUCUUCGCAUCUAUCCCCGCUUUCGAUGUUGGCUACGGCCAUUACGUACCCGAAGGCUAUCUCACCAGUUGCAGCUUCGAUUAUCUCACCGAAGAAACUCCACCACGCUACUUUAUCUUCGUCUUCUUUUGCGCUGCAUGGCUCGCGCCCUUCUGUACUAUAUCUUUCUGCUACCUAAAUAUAUUUAGAGAAGUCGUUUGCAACAGAAACAUUUCCACUUCGAAUCAAGAGCAAAGGCUCUCAUCAAGGCAUGUCAAAGAAAGAGUCAAACGUAAAGCGGAAAUAAAACUUGCGUUUCUUGUUAUAGCUGUCAUAGCCUUAUUUUUUAUAUCAUGGACGCCUUACGCCGUAGUGGCUCUUCUUGGUAUAGCCGGUAAAAAAGAUCUUAUUACGCCCAUUACUUCUAUGAUUCCCGCAUUGUUUUGUAAAACUGCCGCUUGUAUAAAUCCUUUUAUUUACAUUAUAACUCACCCUAAGUUUCGUAUUGAAUUUAAGAAACUCUUAUACAGGGAUAAAUCAAAACGAAUGGGUGGUACCAUAAAAACUGCUGGGUAUAAUACAGAAAUUACAAAAUUACAUAGACCUAGCAAAGAUUUAAGUGACACCGACGUAGAAGUUAUACAAAUGAAAAAUAUACCCUAUCAAAGCGAAAAUCUGGCAGAGAAAAAUGAACACAUAAAUACUAUAUCAUCGAAACUACCAGAACGCCAAGAUACACUCAAAAGUCUUAGCAUGAAAAGCUUCGAAGAAAAUGUGGUGUCUCCGCCCUCGUGGUAUGCUAAGCCAAAAUUCUCGAAGAAGAAAAGUUUCCAUAGAAAAUCUUCAAAAAGCGUUAUAUCUUUUAAUACAGAUCCAACUAAUUAA